CGAUGUCAAUUGAUGAAAACUUUUGAAAGCGAACUUGGAGAAAUACUUUCUACAUAGAAAAGUCUAAUGAAAAACUGGUACACCAGUCGAUAAAAUCCAGCUCAAACUCUUGGAUAUUUCAGCUUCCUGGUAUUUCUCUUCCUUGAAAGCAAUUUUCAAGCAAAUGGGUAUCCCCCACUUUCUUGUUAUACCAUAUCCGGUUCAAGGGCACGUGAACCCCCUGAUGCAGUUUUCUGAGGCUCUAACCAAACACGGCUGCAAAGUCACUUUCGUGAACACUGAGUUCAACCACAAACGAGCUAAUAGCUCUGUUGGGGGGUUAGACAACCUUAAAGAAGAAGGGAUGAGGUUUGUGACACUCCCAGAUGGCUUGGAUCCAGAAGAUGAUAGAAGUGACCAUCACAAACUUUUCGUAUCUAUCAAAACCAACAUGCCUGCUUUUCUUCCAAAGCUCGUACAAGAUAUCAAUGCUUUGGAUGUUCACAACAACAUCACCUGCAUAGUUGCUACAAUGCACAUGGGUUGGGCCUUGCAAGCUGCCCACAAAUUGGGAAUUAAAGCUGCUUUUCUCUGGACUGCAUCUGCAGCUUCCUUGGCAGCAUUCUAUUUCAUUCCAAGGCUCAUUGAGGAUGGAAUCAUCGACUCACAAGGAGAGCAAACCAAACAACAAGAAAUUCAGCUUUCCCCAAAUAUGCCUGUGAUGGAUGCUGAAGACCUCCCAUGGGGUGGCUUUGCUAAGAAAUUCUUCCCUCAUAUAGUUAAAGAGAUGAAAAACUUGGAGUUUGGAGAAUGGUGGCUUUGUAACAGUACUUCUGAUCUUGAGCCUGGAGCAGUUUCCGUAUCACCAAAGUUCCUCCCAAUUGGACCAUUGAUGGAAAGUGACAGCAACAAAAGCUCAUUCUGGGAAGAAGACACAACUUGCCUAACCUGGUUGGAUCAGCAGCCACCUGAAUCCGUUGUAUAUGUUUCCUUUGGUAGUAUAGCAAUCUUGGAACCAAACCAAUUCAAAGAAGUAGCUCUAGGCCUUGAUCUCCUAAAAAGGCCUUUUCUUUGGGUUGUUCGUCCAAGUAGUGAUAAUGACAAGGUAAACAACGCAUACCCUGAUGAAUUCCAUGGAAGUAAAGGUAAAAUUGUGAACUGGGCACCUCAGAAAAAGAUAUUGAACCACCCUGCCAUAGCUUGCUUCAUCAGUCACUGUGGUUGGAAUUCCACUUUGGAGGGUGUAUGCAGUGGCACACCUUUCUUGUGUUUGCCAUUUUUCAGUGACCAAUUUGUAAACAGGUUAUACAUUUGUGAUGUUUGGAAGGUUGGUCUGAAAUUAGACAAGGAUGAAAAUGGAUUAAUACUGAAGGAAGAGAUAAGGAAGAAGGUGGAGCAAGUUCUUGAGAAUGGAGACAUAAAAGCAAGAUCACUGAAACUGCAGGAAUUGUUGGUGGAUAACUCAGUUGUGGAUGGUGAAUCUUCAAAGAAUCUCGAAAAGUUUAUUAACUGGGCCAAGUAAUGAUAAUAAUACCUUCAGCAAUAGUUUCGAAUCAAAGUUUUCUUUGUCUGUUUUCUCUUUAGUUCUAUAUCUCAAAGGAAACUAAUGUAGUAUGUGUGAACUAUUUCACUUUGUAAUAAAUGGUUCUAAAAUAAA